UGUUCAUUGUUUUAAGACAAAUCAAUAUGUAUCAUUUUUUUUGGGCAAACAUGAAUCUAACCAAAGGGAAUUUUAUUUUAUUUAUGUUAUAGGAAAAACGUUGCCGAUAUGUUUGGAAUGCCAAUGAAUUUAGUUCCCUCCUAAAAACCGUUACAUCUAAGUUUUACACUUAUGACUUUUCUAAGGGUCCAUUUUUUAAAUUUUAAUUAAUUAAUGCUCUAAAUCUUAAUAUUGUUAAAUAUUUUUCAUGUUUAUUUUCUCAGAGAUUUGCCACCCUAAUUUCUCUGAUCAUCUUUGGUAGUAAGAUUUUAAAGAUCAUUGCUUUCAUUCUACGUAGAAGACAGCCCGUUGCACUAAGUCUGGACCCCAAGGUUCCAUUCUACGUAGCCUUGCGCUGUAUUUCUGCAAGAGGUUGUUUCUGUUUCAAUGACAUGAACACGUGACAUUCGCUUUUAUUCUAUGUAUUGGAUUGUAAAAUGAUCUGUGUUAUAUUGUUGUUGUGUUAUUGUUCUAAAUCUUAAUAUCAUUAGAUAUUUUUCAUGUUUAAUUUCUCAGAAAUUAUUCCUUUCUGAUAGUUUCUUAUGAAGAUCUUUGCUUUUGUUCUACGUAAAAGGCAGUCCGGUGCACUAAGUCUAGAUCACAAGGGUUUAUUGUACACAGCAUACCGCUGCAUUUCUGCAUGAGGUUGUUUCUGUUUCUACGGCUUGAACAGAAGAUUUUGAGAGAGGCAGAAAACAUAAUUGUUAUGGGGUUAAUAAGCAGUGUAUUGGGAUUUUUCGGAUUUGGAUUUGGGAUCGUUGUUGGUCUUGUGAUCGGGUAUUUCCUUUUCAUCUACGUUCUACCAACUGAUGUCAAGCAUCCUGAUAUUCGACCCUUGGCAGAACAAGAUACUGAAACCCUGCAAAAACUGCUCCCGGAGAUACCACUAUGGGUUAAAAAUCCAGAUUUUGAACGCCUUGAUUGGCUUAAUAAAAUGGUCGAACUCAUGUGGCCUUAUUUGGACAAGGCUAUUUGUAAAACAGCGAAAGGUAUAAUAGAUCCCAUCAUAGCUGAGCAGAUUCCGCAGUACAAAAUUGAAUCAGUUGAUUUUCUGUCAUUCACCUUGGGCACUCUGCCGCCUACAUUUCCAGGAAUGAAGGUCUAUAUUACCGAGGAAAAAGAGCUGAUAAUGGAACCAGUCAUUAAGUGGGCCGCUAAUCCGAAUAUCACUGUUGCAGUGAAGGCAUAUGGGUUGAAAGCUACUGCUCAGGUGAUUGACUUGCAAAUAUUUGCUGCUCCUCGAAUCACCUUGAAGCCAUUGGUUCCGACCUUUCCUUGUUUCGCAAACAUAUAUGUUUCUCUUAUGGAGAAGCCUCAUGUUGAUUUUGGACUAAAACUUCUGGGAGCAGAUGCAAUGUCCAUUCCCGGCCUAUAUCGAUUUGUUCAAGAAAUUGUCAAAGAUCAGGUUGCAAAUAUGUAUCUAUGGCCAAAAACACUUGAAGUCCAAAUAUUAGAUCCUUCAAAAGCAAUGAAGAGGCCACUAGGAAUUCUUAACGUGACGGUUGUGAAGGCAAUCAAGCUUAGAAAAAAAGAUUUUUUGGGGCUCUCAGACCCCUAUGUUAAACUAAAAAUUGUCAAUGACAAACCCUCAACAAAGAAAACAACAGUCAAACACAAAAACUUGAACCCCGAAUGGAACCAGGAAUUCAGUUUCGUGAUCAAGGAUCCAGAAACUCAAGUUUUGAAGUUUUCUGUUUAUGACUGGGAGCAGGUUGGUUCACAUGAAAAGAUGGGAGUGAACAUUGUCCCAUUGAAAGAUCUUACACCGGAUGAACCAAAAGUAUUGACACUGGAACUUCUGAAAAACUUAAAAGCAGACGAUGCUCACAACGAAAAAUCAAGAGGACAGCUUGUUCUUGAAGUGACGUACAAAGCUUUCAAUGACGAGGAACUUGCAAAUGGCGCUGAUGAAUCAAAUACAGUCGAGAAGGCUCCUGAUGGAACACCUGAUGGCGGUGGACUACUCGUUGUUAUUGUCCAUGAAGGUCAAGAUCUCGAAGGGAAGCACCACACAAAUCCAUCAGUUCGUAUGCUCUUCAGAGGAGAAGAAAGAAGAACUAAGGUAUUAAAGAAAAACAGAGAUCCAAGGUGGGAAGAGGAAUUUCAGUUUGUGUUGGAGGAGCCACCAGUAAAUGAUAGGAUUCAUGUAGAAGUUGUUAGCACUUCUAAAAGAAUGGGUCUGAGACAUCCCAAGGAGGCAUUGGGCUAUGUGGAUAUAUACCUAGCUGAUGUUAUUAACAACAAGAGAAUUAAUGAGAGAUACCAUCUCAUUGACUCAAAGAAUGGUAGACUUCAAAUUGAACUCCAAUGGAGAACUGCUUCUUGAGGGUACAUAUUUAUUAAUAAUAUUCCACGAUCAAGACAAUUGGCUGAAUCAUGUGAAAAUUAUUUCGCCAAAUGAUCUGCAUCUUAUUGUAAAUUAUUUUAAUUAAGAAGAAAAUUAAUCCACCAAUUAAAACAAAAAUUGCUUUAUGGAUACAAGUGGUUUGUUUCUUCUUUUA